CGUUUUCACACGAACACACUCCGCUCGGUGGAGUCCGUCAGUUCACGGUCAGGACUGAAGAGGGAACCGUUGUCUUCUCUGUUUGGGAUUUAUCUUACAUUUUUAUAGCGGCACACACGGAGAAGAGGUGUGUGUGUGUGUGUGUGUGUGUCCCCUCUCUCUCUCUCCGCGUUGGGUGGGAACGCACACAUCAGGGAUUGUAGCCGUUCGGAUUUAAAUCGGGACGCUUACAAAUGAAUGGAAAUCACCACCGAACGGGACCAAGGAGCCUCUUCCACCACCAUCCACCCCGAGCUUGCCCGGUGCCCGCUGUGAUUUAGCUGUCUGUUAACACAGGGCCAAGCGUCUGCCCACCGACUGACUUCACGCGCGCCGGGCAGCAACAUAGAGAAGAAUGGAGGCGUUUUUCGCGGAGGGGGCCCGUGUAUGGGUCAAGGAGAAGGAGCAGCUGGUCCCCUCUACUGUUAGCUCCUGUGGAGACGGAACCCUGGUCCUCACUACCGACUAUGGAGAGGUGUUGUAUCUCCAGCAGGCUGAGGUGACUAGAGAGAGAGUGUACGCUAUGCAUCAGUCCAGUAUAGAUGGAGUGGAGGACAUGUCCACUCUGGCAGAGCUACACGAAGCUGCCAUCAUGCACAACCUCUACCAGCGCUACCAGAAAGACAGCAUCUAUACCAACAUAGGCAGUAUCCUAGCAGCGGUGAACCCUUAUAAACAGAUCCCAGGCAUGUAUGACCUAGAUAGAGUUGAGCUGUACAGUCGACACCACAUCGGAGAACUCCCGCCCCAUAUCUUCGCUGUAGCCAAUGAGUGUUACCGCUGCAUCUGGAAACGGCACGACAGCCAAUGCGUCCUCAUCAGUGGGGAGUCGGGGGCUGGUAAGACAGAGAGCACCAAGCUGCUGCUGCAGUUCCUGUCUGUGAUGAGCCAGAACUCUGCUGGGACGCCUCCCUCUGAGAAGACCACACGAGUGGAGCAGUCCAUCGUUCAGAGCAGUCCUAUCAUGGAGGCGUUUGGGAAUGCCAAGACAGUCUACAACAACAAUUCUAGUCGCUUUGGGAAGUUCAUCCAGCUCCACUUCUCCCAGAGCGGGAACAUCCAUGGUGGAUGUAUCGUUGACUAUUUACUGGAGAAGAACCGCGUGGUGAGACAGAACCCUGGAGAACGGAACUACCACAUCUUCUAUGCCCUGCUGGCCGGAGCCAACCAGGAACAUAGGGAGCUGUAUUUCCUGGACGACCCUCCUGAGUCAUUCCACUACCUCAGCCAAUCAGGCUGUCUCAAAGACAAGAGCCUUGAUGAUAAACAGCUCUUCAACAGUGUCAUGGAGGCGCUGAAGGUGAUGGAGUUCAGUGAGGAGGAGACCAGAGACAUGUUCAAACUGCUGUCUGGAGUCCUACAGCUGGGCAACAUUCAGUUCAUGACCGCCGGAGGAGCGCAGAUCACCACCAAACAGGUGCUCAGUAAUGUCAGUGACCUACUCGGGCUGGACUGCUUCCAGCUGUCUGAGGUGCUGACGCAGAGAUCCAUGAUCCUCAGAGGAGAAGAGAUAUGCUCUCCGCUCACCAUAGAACAGGCGGUGGAUUCCCGGGACUCUGUUUCCAUGGCUCUGUAUUCCCAGUGUUUUUCCUGGAUCAUUCUCCGGAUCAACCAGAAGAUCAGAGGGAAAGACAACUUCAAAUCCAUCGGAAUACUGGACAUCUUUGGCUUCGAGAACUUCCAGGUGAAUCGGUUUGAGCAGUUCAACAUCAACUACGCCAAUGAAAAGCUGCAGGAGUACUUCAACAAACACAUCUUCUCUCUGGAACAACUGGAGUACAACAGAGAGGGAGUCCGGUGGGAAGCAAUAGACUGGAUGGAUAACGCUGAGUGUCUGGACCUCAUAGAGAAGAAACUUGGCAUGCUAGCAUUGGUCAACGAGGAGAGUCGCUUCCCCAAAGGGACAGACUUCACACUGCUGGAGAAACUACACAGCAGGCACUCUACAAACCCUUACUAUGUGAAGCCUCGACUGGCUGACCAUCAGUUUGGCAUCAGGCACUAUGCUGGAGAGGUUCUGUAUGAUGUCACCGGGGUUCUGGAGAAGAACAGAGACACGUUCAGAGACGACAUCCUCAACAUGCUGAAGGAGAGCAGACUGGACUUCAUCUAUGAUCUGUUUGAGAGAGUUGGCAGCAGGAACAGUGAGGAGACUCUGAAGAUGGGAACAGCCAGACGCAAGCCUACUGUCAGUUCACAGUUUAGGGACUCUCUCCAUUCCCUCAUGGGCACUCUGAGUGUGUCCAACCCUUUCUUCGUGCGCUGCAUCAAACCCAACAACGAGAAGAACCCUAGCGUGUUUGACCCGGAAGUGGUUCUGAACCAGCUGAGGUAUUCUGGAAUGUUAGAAACAGUUAAGAUCCGCCGGGCCGGCUUCCCUGUCCGCAGAACCUUCAAAGACUUCUUCAGCCGGUAUCAGAUCAUUCUGCAAGAGAAGGUGAGUGGAGCGGGGGAUGAUAAGAAGAGGAGUACAGACCUACUGACCAAAUAUGACCGUGCCAAGAAGGAGUGGCAGCUGGGAAAGACCAAGGUGUUUAUGAAGGAGUCUCUGGAACAGCGUCUGGAGAAAGAGAGAGACGAGGUUCGCCGUAAAGCAGGCAUGGUCAUCAGAGCUCACAUCCUCACCUACACCGCCAGGAAGCACUUUAAGCGUGUGAAGGGGAGCGUCAUCACCCUCCAGGGGUACCUUCGUACCCACAUACAACGGAAAUGGUUUCUACGGCGAUGCUUGGCGACGCGGGUACUCCAAAAACACAGACGAGGACAGGUGGCCCGCGCAAGCUGCCGCAAACUCAGAGAGGAGAGGAGGAAGAGAGAGGAGGAGGAGACGAAGAAGAGAGAACAGGAGGAGGGGAAGAAGAAGGGAGAGGAUGCGGGCGAGGGGAAGAAGGAGGGAGAGGUGGAAGGAGAGAAGGAGGGAGGAGUAGAGGCAAAGGCCGCUCAGGGUUCUGAGAAAAAGGAAGGAAAGACGGAAGAAGAGGCCCGUCAGAUGGAGGAGAUCUUGCGUAUAGAGUUGGAGAUCGAGCGCCUGCAGAAACAGAGGGAGGAUGGGGUCUCCCAGCUCUGUGAGUCCUCCAGGCAGGAGCUCCGGCUACGCCGGGACGCAGAGAUCAAGAGGCUGAAGAAGGAGGCCUCUCGUAAGGCCACAGAACUAAUCGACCUCCUGGACUUUGGAGGUCUGGAUCCCAGUUUAGCCACCGCUGCUAGCGCUAGCGCAGAGCGGCUCCAGGAGGACCCAGGCAUGGCCACAGCCGUAACCCAGAAGGAGGAGGUAGACGAGGGCUUCCAUGCCGAGGAGGAGUGCACUGUCCCUCUCCUCCCAGACUUCCCUCCUCCAGCCGAGGCUGACGCUGCCGUGGACCAGGAUAUGUUCGCCCACCUGCCGCCCCCUCCACCCGCCUUCGCUGAGGGCUCUACUGCUACACCACCUCCCCCUCCCCUCGAUUCAUCCUCACCCACUCCCGUCCCUCCCCCCACCUCCCCCCCCACCACUGCCUCCUGGAGAGGGGGAAGGAAAAGGAAAAGAGGGGGAAGCCUCGGAGAAGGGGAGGAGCCGAUCUACAGCAUGCCGGUGGACAGCGGCGAAUCAGAUUACGACGAGGAGGAGGGCUCUGUCACCGCGGGAGACGAUGGUUCCGCAUCCGGGCAGAAUAGCAACAGAGGCAGCGCGGCCAUGACAGAGGAAGAAGCUCUGAGGAAGUCCACGUGUACCAACGCCAGCAUAGAAUCAUACAGGGGCAGCUCUGACUCAUACAUAGAGAGUGAUGAUGAGCAUGAUGGGCUGUUGGACACCGAUGAGGAGGUACACAACGGCAGGGUCACUCUUCUCAACGGGAACGGACCUCCGUACUUCCAUAGCUACCUCUACAUGAAGGCUGGUCUGAUGAUCCCAUGGCGCAGGCGGUGGUGUGUGUUGAAGGAUGAGACCUUCAUGUGGUUCCGCUCCAAACAGGAGUCCCUCAAGUCUGGCUGGCUCCAUAAGAAGGGAGGAGGACUGUCCACUCUGUCCCGCAGGAACUGGAAGAUGCGAUGGUUUGUUCUGAGGGAACACAAACUGAUGUACUUUGACAACGACAGCGAGGAGAAACUGAAGGGAACCAUCGACAUCCGCGCCGCCAAAGAGAUCGUGAACAACCAUGAGAAGGAGAACGCGUUGAACAUCGUGACAGAUGAGAGGACGUACCAGGUGUUUGCUGAGUCGCCAGAAGACGCCAGCGCGUGGUAUAACGUCCUCAGUAAGGUUCAUGUGUACACUCCCGAGCAGCUGAUGGACAUGUCUCAUGAACAGGCCAACCCCAAGAACGCUGUGGGAACUCUGGACGUGGGGCUGAUUGACUCAGUCUGUGCCUCUGACAACCCAGACAGGCCCAACUCCUUUGUGAUCAUCACAGCGAACCGUGUGAUCCACUGUAACACUGACACUCCGGAGGAGAUGCACCACUGGAUCAGCCUGCUGCAGAAACCUAAAGGAGACACCAAGAUAGACGGACAGGAGUUCCUGGUUCGGGGUUGGCUCCAGAAGGAGAUGAAGACAGGAACUAAGAGUAAUGUUCUGAAGCUGAAGAAACGCUGGUUCGUGUUAACCCAUAACUCCCUGGAUUACUACAAGAGCUCUGAGCGAAACUCCUCCAAGAUGGGAACCCUGGUCCUCAACUCCCUCUGCUCUGUCUUUCAACCUGAGGAACGAGUGCACAGAGAGACAGGGUACUGGAACAUCGUAGUGCACGGUAGGAAGCACUCGUAUCGCCUCUACAACAAGAUGCUGAACGAAGCUCUGAGAUGGAUAGCAGCCAUACAGGCUGUGAUAGAGAGCAAGACACCCAUAGAAACACCGACACUACAGCUCAUCAGAGAUAUCAAGGACAGCAGUUUGAACCCUGAGGCGGUGGAGCAGACCUACAGGAGGAAUCCCAUCCUCAGAUACACUCAGCACCCUCUACACUCCCCCCUACUGCCACUACCCUACGGAGAAGUCAUCCAGAGGCAGCAGGGCUAUGCCAGUCUUCAGGAUGAAGCGAUCCGAGUGUUUAACUCUCUUCAGGAGAUGGAGACUCUGGCAGACCCUGUUCCUAUCAUACGGGGGGUACUGCAGACCUGUCAGGACCUGAGACCUCUCCGAGACGAGGUAUACUGUCAGGUGAUCAAGCAGACCAAUCACGUGCCUCAGCCCAAUCAGCCCAAUCAGCGGGCUCAUUGGCACCUCCUCACCUGUAUGAGCUGUACCUUCCUCCCAAGCCGGACCAUCCUCAGAUACCUGCGCUUCCACCUCAAAAGGGUGCGAGAGCAUUUCCCCAACACAGAGAUUGAGCGUUAUUCUGCUUUUAUCAAUGAGUCUCUGAAGAAGACCAAGACCAGGGACUUUAUUCCGUCUCAGGAGGAGAUCGUGGCCCUACUGGUGAGGCAGGAGAUGACAACUACAGUCUACUGCCAUGGAGGGGGCUCCUGCAAGAUCUCCAUCAAUUCACACACCACCGCUGGAGAGGUGGUAGAGAAGUUGAUCCGCGGCCUGGCCAUGGAGGACAGUAGGAAUCUGUUCUCUCUGUUUGAGCACAACAAGGUGACGGACCGAGCUCUGGAGAGCAGGAUCAUAGUGGCUGACGUCCUCGCCAAGUUUGAGAGGCUGUCAGGGACUGAGGAGGAGGAGGAAGGACAGUGGAGACUCUAUUUUAAACUUUACUGUUUCCUCGACAUGGAGAGCAUGCCUAAGGAGGGGGUGGAAUUUGCCUUCAUGUUUGAGCAGGCCCAUGAGUCUCUGAUCAGUGGUCACUUCCCGGCCCCAGAGGAAACUUUGCAGCAGCUAGCCGCUUUACGGCUGCAGUAUCUCCAUGGAGAUGGGGCCAGCCGCGCUGGGUGGAGCCUCGGUAGUGUUUACCCAAUGGGGCGCCUCCGCUCGCGCAUCUUCCAGUCCACCAAACAGGGAGGCGCGGCAGGAGGAGAGGGAGGAGGAGGGCAGGUGGGAAGUGUCAAGGGGGACGGGCAGGAUAGAAGGAGAACCCCCAGCUUCCUGGAUGGAAGUCUGAGGCGCAGCUUUAAGACGGGCUCGCUGAAGAAACAGAAGGAGGAAGAGGGACAGCAGGUAGAGAUGUGGGUGAAGGAGGAGACAUCGGCCACCAGAGCCCAUGUCCUGGAUAAAUGGACCAAGUUACAGGGACUCCCCCAGCACCAGGCUCUGCUCAAAUACAUGUCCAUCGUCAAAGAGUGGCCCGGAUAUGGCUCUACACUGUUCGACGUGGAGUGUAAGGAAGGAGGUUUUCCCCAUGACCUGUGGCUGGGUGUGAGUGCUGACAACCUGUCUGUGUAUAAGAGAGGGGAACCCAAACCUCUGCAGACGUUCCAGUAUGAGCAGAUCACCUUCUUUGGAGCUCCACAACCCUGCAUCUACCAGAUCACUGUCGACGGCAACGAUUUGUUCUUCCACACUCCAUUGGUGAUGGAGAUUGCUAAGAUCAUGAAAGCCUACAUCAACAUGAUGGUGAAGAAACGCUGCAGCAUCAUGUCUGUCUCCAGCGUCGCCAGCGCCUUCGUCAGGUGAUCAACCAGCAGCCAAUCAGAGCCCUCUAUUCAACAGUACAGGCCUAUCAGAGAGAGACAGGAAGUGGAUACAAUCCACGGAUUGGUCAGUCGGUUGUUUUUUUGGUGGAGUCAGCUGAUCUUGGAGAGGGGUAACCACAAAACAGCGGACAGUGAGGGAUCUAAAAUGGCAUCCGAUUUCACAAAGCGAAAAGGGGAUGGACACUGCAGCUAACUAUUCUAGACUUGGGAAUUGGGUGGAUUGGGUUAAAUAUCUGUUCGUUAACAAUGAGCAUGGAAUAUGACCCAUUUUGGGGAGGACAACUCCAGCACCUCCCAACCCCCAGUUACCCUGCAUGUCACUGUCUUACAGACAGCAGGUCCAGCAAGCACAUUCUAGCUCAACCUUACUUCAUCUAAAUAUCUCUAUUACUCAUUUUAUAUCAAUCUCUAAUCUCUCUCUCUCCCAUGUAUCUCCAUCUCCUCUCUCUCUCUCUCUCCUGUCAUCCCUCUCUCUCUGUUCUCUCUGCACCAAACCCAUACCAACGACAAGCACAAUAGUCCAGUCAAGCCAUACCACUCGCAAAGCUCUGUCACCCCCUUCUCAAGCCCGAUAACACACCCCACACACCCCUAGUCACAGUCCCAACGCACUGCCAGCUAGGAGAGAUCAAAUGAAGCCUGUUACUAUUUAUAUCUUCCUUCCUUCCUUACCCUCUCUCCCCCCAUUUGAUGAAACUCUCUUUUUCUCUGUCUGUGUGUCCCAUUUCGCCUAAUUCACUCUCUUUACAGUUAAGUGUUCAUUUAUUCUCUGUUGCUUGCUUGCUUCCUUUCCUCUCUCUUUCUCUCACUCACUCUCUCGUUCAUCUACUGUUGUCCGUGGUGACUGAGAUAAAGGACUCACUGUGUUUUGUGUUUUCAUCUCGGGGUCAAAUGGAAAAUCAGGUCCCUUCUUCAUCAGACUGCACAGUACUUACUUCCUGUGUCAAAGGAAGUGACAUCACAUAUGGUCAAAGGAAGUGACCUCAUACAAACCCCCUCAAGAGAACCAGGGCUGGAGGCCCAUCCAGGGCCCUCUCCCCGGGAUCAUCCUGACUCAGAGGCUCUUUCAAGGGGUAGCUGUCUGGCUCAGUCUGGGGGGGGAAGCUCCUUGGGUGUGGAGAGGUCUGGAGGAGAGAAUGAUGCUAAGAGUGACAAAAGUCGACUACAAGAUCAACCAAGGGAGAUUGAGAGAGCUUUCUCCUAUAAUAUGUCUACAUACCAUGAACAUCACAUAUAUUACAUUUCAUGUCCAACCUACACAUACACACAUACACUAAUCAAACACUUUUCGUUUUUCUGUAUCGCACCUCAUAGGAACCCUACAUAGAUUUUGGUGGUCACUGUACUGUAUAUAAAUACCAUUAUAAAUGCCAUUUGAUUAAUUUAUUGUAUGUUUAAACUAAAUGCGAAUGAACAGAGAUAUUCACUGCUGUAUGUCUAAUAUGCCAACGCACCCUUAUUCACUAGCAGUGCCAUCUGACUAAAUCACAGCGAUAUAGAGGGGUUUCACUUCUUGAUGUAGAAUGGGUAGAGUCAGUCAUGGCGGCCAUAUUGGUAGGGCGGUUUGGGAUGGUAGCCUACAUGCGUUUCUCUGCGCUCUAGUGAAAUGUAGCCUUCGUAUCAUCCUUCUGGCUCACGUUUCCAUAUCGGUGGGUACUUUUUUUUUAAAACAUGAGGAAUCUAGUCUUGUCUUCUCUACCCAUUCUGUUUCUACGCUAUGUGACUGUUCUCCAGUUCAUGUGUGAAUAGAACCUGUUUUAAGUCAUGUGACUAGUGUACUGUACGUUCCCAGUGUCACCCCUCCUGCAGUGCUGUGUUUGGAAUGCUACCGUGUGUAUCUGUGUCAUAAUGCAGGUGACUAACUAACUACUCCACCGGGGGAAGACGGGAACCAUAUGAAGAAAACAAAGAAAGUGUGUUGUUGAGAAAUAAGAGUAUUAUGUAUCUGAAUAACCUUUAUAAGAGAAUGGUGUUGUGAUUUUAAAUGGGGGAAGAGUUUGGGAAGGGAGGAAGGGAGGGAGAGGGUGGAGGAUGGUGUAUUUAUCUGUUAGAAUUAUUGCAGCGGGAGGGAGGGAGGGAGGGGAUAUGGUUACAGUAUGGAAUUCUGUGAAAGAAGAGAAGUUCACACAUUGAGGAGGUAUCCAUCUAGGAAAUGGGAAUAGUUGGAGUAUGAGAAUUCUGGGAACAUGGGAUUUUUUUUUGGUUUCUGACUGUGUGUCGUCACUGCUUGUGGGCCACAGCCCCCUGGAGGACCAGUCUAUAGAAUCAGAAUUACUGGAAAGGACAUUCCUACUCAGAACAACAUUCCAUCCUGUGCUCCAGUGGGCCAUUUGGAAUGACUGAAAAACCCCGUUUUUGCAGGCCAGUCUACAUGAAUACAUGUUUUUGGCAGACAGGUUGGAAUGUCAAUUAUCAUCAAAUCCAGUGAAAUUCGGAACUGUGUCCUAUCUAGGUAUUCUCUUUCUAUGGCCCUGCCUCUCACACUGCUAGUACACAGAGUAAGAUGAAGUUGCCUCUUGACACUGAUCUAAGGCAGUGGAGGCUGCUGAGGGGAAGAAGGCUCAUAAUAAUGGCUGGAACUGAGCAAAAGGAAUAGCAUUAAACACGUGGAAACCAUGUGUUUGAUGUAUUUGAUACCAUUCCACUGAUUUAGCUCCAUUACCACAAGCCCAUCCUCCCCAAUUAAGGUGCCACCAACCUCCUGUGAUCUAAGGUCAGUUUUGCAUUUCACACCCAAACAGUAAGAGUAAACUGAUCCUAGAUCUGUGUCUAUGAGCAACCUCUAUACCGGGGUCCUUUUCCAGCCGCAGGCGGCCAGAGCAGGGCCUGACUGUAAUCUGUUAUGGUUCAUAUUAAUUAUUAUCAUUAUAUAUUGAAACAUUGUGAUUGUUUUGAGAGAAAACCGAGAAAGAGAGAGAAAAUAGUUGUUGUUCUUGUUUUAUUUGUAACUGGCUUUACAAAGUUAUGCUUUAAUAAAUGAUCGGAAAUUG